AUGGCACGCUCAUUCCUUCUUUCCACUGCCCUUCUAGCACUUGGCGUCUCGGCGCAAACAUCUUCGAAGUUCACUGAUGAGAAGACUGGCAUCACCUUCAGCGGUCUUCACCACUCGUCGGGCUACAGACUGGGUUAUGCCUUACCGGAAAAGGCUACUACCGACUUCAUCGUCCAGGUCCAAGCCCCUAUCACCAACGAUGGUGGUUGGGCUGGAUUCAGCAUGGGACAAUCUAUGACUGGCAACUUGCUAGUUGUUGCUUGGCCUCACGAGGGCGAGGUCAUCGCCUCCUUCAGAGAGGCGACUGGAUACACAAACCCAGCUGUCAAGACUGGUGACUUCACCAUGUCUCCGAUCCCCGACGGAACCUUCGUCAACGACACCGCCUUCUCAUACACGUUCCUGUGCUCCAACUGCAUCAGCGAGGAUCCGUCCACCGGCCUCGUCAUCUACGAGGCCCCUAGCACUAACAUCAUGGGCUGGGCUUACUCCAACAAAGCGCUUGCCGACUCGACCGAUGCUGGAGCGGCUCUCAACUACCAUGACGCUGGCUUCGGAGCUUUUGGACUGCCCAUGAGCGACGCUACUAGCCCCGAUUUCGAGAAGUGGGCUGCCAUGGCGGUAGCUAGCACCCCUAGCGGAGGUAACUCUACCACACCCGUAUCUGGAGGCAACUCGACUGCUCCAGCAGCCCCAGUUGGUGGAAACACCACAGCCACUGUUGCGAACGCUACAUACGACUACAUUGUUGCUGGAGGUGGUGCUGCUGGUAUCAUCGCUGCGGAGAGGCUCGCAGAGAGCGGUGCGUCCGUCCUCUUGGUCGAACGCGGUGGCCCAUCAUACGCUUUCACUGGCAAGACCGAGGUCAUGCCUUGGAACGAGACUGUUUCGAUGUAUGAUGUUCCUGGAUACGGUUACUACCUCAGUGAUGUCGGCAGCCCCGCUUACUGCGCCGACACUGCGGACAUGUCUGGCUGUCUUCUAGGUGGUAGCACUGCUAUCAAUGCUAUGAUGUACGUCAAGCCUCAGGAGCGUGACUUCGACGACAAGUGGCCUGCUGGCUGGAAGUGGGCUGAUGUCGCCGAGGCGGCUGAUCGCCUGUACGAACGCAACCCUGGACAGACCUACGGCUCAGAGGAUGGUAUUCGCUACGAUGAUGGCGCCUACGACGUCUUGUCGAAGUUCUUCGCCGGCCAGGGAUGGACCGAGACCGAUUUCGUGAAGGACCCCAACGCCAAGGUCGACGUCUACGGUCACCCCACCUGGAACGUUGCCAACGGUCUCCGCUCUGGUGUCGUCAGGACCUACCUACCCCUUGCCCAAAAGCUUGACAACUUCGAGUUGAUGAUGAACACCAACGUCGUCCGCGCUGUUCGUGACGGAUCGGCCGUCUCUGGUAUCGAGGUCGAGACCGCAGAUGGCAAGCGCGUCAUCUACAACGUCAAUGCUGGAGGCAGUGUCAUCCUUGCGGCCGGAUCGAUGUCCACUCCCCGUAUCCUUUUCAACUCUGGUAUUGGUCCCGCCGACCAGCUCCAGACUGUUGCUAGCGGCAGCAGCGGUGUUACUCUCCCCGAUGAAGCUGACUGGAUCGACCUCCCUGUCGGUGCUGAGAUCAAGGACCACCCCAUCUUCACUGUCAAGUUCAACACCAGCACACCUCUCUCCGGAACUGACGAGGAGGCUCUCACUAGCCCCAACCAGACUACUAUCGACCUGUUCGCUAAGGGAUCUGGUAUGCUCGCACAGUCUGGUCAACGUCUGAACUGGUGGUCAUCUGUCAACACCACUGAUGGCAGCGAGAUCUUCUUCCAGGGUACUUGCAACUCCCCUGCCGACAACACCAUCCAGAUGAAGGUCUAUAUCACCCACGGUCUGCAGUCUGUCGGUAGCCUUGGUAUCACUGCUGACGGCGCUACUACCUUCAUCACCAACCCUCACAUGACCUCGGACGUCGACACUGAAGCCAUUACCAUGAUGAUGGACCGUUUGAUUGCCAUGACACAAGGCGGCAACUCCACUCUGUCCCUGAUUGCCCCUACCGGUGUCUCCAACGUCACUGGCGCGGAUCUCAUUAAGACCUUCAAGACCGGAAGCCACUACGUCGGUACAGCUAAGAUGGGAACCAAGGGCGAUGCUGGUGUUGUUGUUGACACCGACACCAAAGUCUAUGGCACCGACAACUUGUUCGUCGUCGAUGCCUCCAUCCACCCCGAUCUUCCUACCGGUAACACUCAAGCUAUCGUCAUGGUUGCCGCUGAGGCUGCUGCUGCCCGCAUCCUUGCGCUUGGUGAUAGCCCCGCUAGUGGCACUACUCCUGCUGUCCCUGAGGCUGCCGGCUCUAGCGAACCUGCUGCGACCCCCGUAGCUCCCGCUGUUUCUUCCGCAGCACCCAUCGGUACAGGCUCGCCUGCCGCCCCCACCGCCGCACCUGUAGAAUCCGCGGCACCCGUCGAGUCUGCAGCACCUGCUGAAUCUGCCUCCCCUAUUGCUUCUUCGCCUGCCGGACCUUCGACUCCCUCAGCGCCGGCCGAGUCUGCCCCUGCUACAACACCUUCACCUGCUGAGCCAGCUCAGCCCGCUACUGCCGGAGCUUACGAACGCUGCGGUGGUACAGGCUUCACUGGUCCUACCACAUGUGCCAAUGGCUGGAAGUGCGUAGUACAGAAUGAUUACUACUCGCAGUGCCUCCAGGCAACCGACUCCAACCGCGGCCGCUCUGCGCCUGUCUCCCGUCGUCAUGACAGCCUGACCAGGCGCGCGUUGGCUGGCCACAAGCCAGUCAGCCCUGUCGUUGUGCGGGAGCACAUUCACGCCCAGAAGCUCGGAAGGGCUAGCUUCUUGGACUCUUACCAGUCUUAG